UUCUAUUUCUAUUUCUAUUUCAUUCCCUCGCCUCUCCUCCCCCUACUGUGUCUGUUGUCCUGUCUGUCCGUUGUUGCCAGCACGUGCGUCCCUCUCUCACGUCACGUGCCCCACCACCUCUUACAGCUCCUCCCUCUCUCCCUCUCCCUGCAUCAUCAAAUCAAAUCAAAUCGCCAUUUGAAUCAUGAAAAUUUGAAUCACCACAAUCAUCAUGUGAAGAAAACCGCGCGAUGCAAGCCUACAAUCGGCUCCCGACCAGCGGACAAAGCAGCCCCCAAUCGCCGCCCUCCUCGCCGCUCAGCCGCUCCCCGCGCUACCGCUCCCGCACCUCCAAAUCGGGCCGCUCCACGCCCAAGACCAUCACUCAGCGCCUCGUCUGGUUCCUCCUCUCCUUCCUCCUCAAGCGCCAGGGGAUUUUCCUCUUCGCGCCUCUCCUCUACAUCGCCGGUAUUCUCUUCUACAUGGGGACGGUUUCCUUCGACAUCGUUCCGGUCAUUACGCACAGGCCUCCCCCCGGCUCCGUCUACCGCAGCCCCCAGCUCUAUCACAAGCUCCGUCCCGAAAUGGACUCCGAUAAUUCCUCCGCGGAUGCGAUAUCAACUAUAUGGAAACAUUCUUAUAAAGUUGGUGAAUGGAGACCAUGUAUCAACAAGUCUUCUGAAGGCUUACCAGAGUCAAAUGGAUAUAUAUUUGUCGAGGCCAAUGGUGGUCUAAAUCAACAGAGAUCAUCGAUAUGCAAUGCUGUUGCUGUGGCUGGCUACCUUAAUGCAACUCUUGUGAUUCCAAACUUUCAUUAUCACAGUAUCUGGAGGGAUCCAAGCAAAUUUGGUGACAUAUAUGAUGAAGAAUUCUUCAAUGAAACCCUUAGAAAUGAUGUUCGGAUAGUUGGAACGAUUCCGGGGAACAUAAUGGAGCGAUUUGACCAUAACAUGAGCAAUGUAUACAACUUCAGGAUAAAAGCCUGGUCACCUAUCAAAUACUAUACAGAUACAGUUCUUCCAAAGCUUCUUGAAGAAAAGAUUAUAAGGAUUUCUCCUUUUGCAAAUCGAUUGUCAUUUGAUGCUCCACCAGCUGUACAAAGACUUAGAUGCUUGGCAAAUUAUCAAGCUCUAAGGUUUUCAGACCCAAUAUCAAAUUUGGGUCAAACUUUGGUUGCAAGAAUGAAAAAGCUCAGUGUAAAUAAUAGUGGCAAAUAUAUCUCUGUGCAUCUUCGCUUUGAGGAGGACAUGGUUGCAUUUUCUUGUUGUGUAUAUGAUGGUGGAGACAAAGAAAAACUAGACAUGGAUGCUGCUAGGGAAAGAGGUUGGAAGGGAAAAUUUACUAAACGUGGCAAAGUCAUUCUGCCUGGAGCGAUCAGAUUAAAUGGGAAAUGUCCAUUAACACCUUUAGAGGUAGGUUUGAUGCUCAGGGGAAUGGGCUUCGACAAAAGUACAUCAAUCUAUUUGGCAUCAGGACAGAUAUAUGACUCUGAGAGGUACAUGGCGCCAUUAUUGGAAAUGUUUCCGUUACUACAAACAAAAGAGAUGCUGGCAUCUGCUGAGGAACUUGCUCCAUUCCAGAAUUAUUCAUCCCGAAUGGCUGCCAUAGAUUACACUGUGUGUCUUCAUAGUGAAGUCUUUGUAACAACUCAAGGUGGAAAUUUUCCUCAGUUUCUUUUGGGGCACAGAAGAUAUUUGUAUGGUGGUCACUCCAGGACAAUUAGACCUGACAAGCGGAAACUAGCGUUAUUAUUUGAUAAUCUUAAUAACGGGUGGAAAAGCUUCAAGCGUCAAAUGCUAAAUAUUCGAAGUCAUAGUGACUCGAAAGGUAUUGAGCUCAAGAGGCCGAAUGACUCGAUAUAUUCAGUUCCAUGUCCAGAUUGCAUGUGCAAAGUGAACAAGACUGAGGAUUCAAGAUCACCAUCAUCAUCAUCUGCAACGUAAGGGAUCCUUCUGCUAACCAGAUAUCUUGAUACUGAUUCUUUGAUUAUUUUGGCUCCCCCUCGGGGAGAGGGCACAACUCUGCUUGUCCAGAUUGUGGAUAGUGAUUUGUAGGAAGAAUAUGAUUGUUAGCCGGGUAUUCAUCUGCCUUUGUGCAAGAUGCAAAGAGUAGGUAUAACCCCAACCAUAUAACUUACUGGAACAGCACAAAAAAGUCGCCCUACGUCAAAUUUUACAGCUUAGCUACCGCAUCAUCUGACUCGUUGUGAAUCAAUCGACUGAAGAGGCUCCAGCAAAAGAUUGUUUGUAGAAGAAGCUCGGACGAACAUGUCCAUGUUUGUACUGUACAUUAGUGAUUCAGCUGUACAACACCCUAGAGCAGGAUCAAUUCAUUCAAAUUGUUCAAAUUGUAAAAUACAUUGCAUUUCAUCCAUCCCCUUCACAUAUAUUCUUCUCCAUGUAUCAAUGCAGGGGAAAAAAAGAGAGAGAAUAGUAAAAACAAAACAGAUGAUUUGCAUGUGUUGUAAGAAAACAGAUUAAAAGUUGUGCAGUGUUCUUGAUACUGUUGUGCAGUGUCUGGUUUCAGUUAAUGUGUCGCUUUCUUGUUUCA